AGGCGAGGCCAAACCCACGGGCAAUCUAAAGCAGACUCGGAUCAGUCCAGGAACACACACUCACUCCACUCCUCACUUCUCUUCCGCUCCACGUGUAUAUACAUUCGUCUGACCGCAGGCCGCAUCCAUCAUCAAAUGAACGCCAUCUCGUAUUUAUUUGCUUAUAAACCUGUUACAAUAUAUGAUCAUUCGAGCAGCUUCACGCGUACCUUUACAUUUUGGCCUAAAAAUGAUUCACGGGUCAUUUUGAACGGUCAUUCGUUGCUCGCAUUGGCAUUCUAUUUAUUUGUACGUCUCUCUCUCAUAAAAAAAGGUGUUCUAUUAUUUAGAGACAGUUUGCUGAUCUGAAUGCGGAUGAACUCCGCCACAACUCAUCGGAGCACCAGCCCCGGAAAUAGUUUUUUUUCCUACAAGGCUUAAUGAUGGAGAGAAGAAGAAAAUAGAUGAUUCUGAUGGAGAGAGGUCUACACAGUCCCGUGUCUGGCAAAAGGCUCUCAAACCUGUCAGACUCGGCUGGAAAUCCCGUGUUGGAGGCCCUCGAAAAUGCUCAGCACGGUGAUCGACUAAACCCGAAAAUGACUUCCGCCUCGCUUCAUGGAAGUCUCGGGGAUAUUCCAACCAAAGGCAAGUUCGAGACGGACAGACUUUUCGGUGCCCACCACAACAGCGAGAAAAACUCCUCAGCGGAGAUUUCAUUGUCAGAAAGCAGAAAAAAAAUCCACUUAUACCCUGAAGUUUCUCAAGACUCAGACAUGAACAGUGAUGUGGAGGUGGGAUGCCCAUCGUAUCGUUCGCCGAGCCAACACAAGGAAAACAACAGCAAAGGUUUUUCUGACAAUAAUACUGGAGGCUCCAACACAAAUUCAUCCUUCCUUUCCAAUUUUAACGGGAAUGGAAUGUGUUCAAACAUGUCAAAUGCGGAUCAGGUGAGAAGGUACCGGACUGCAUUCACCAGAGAACAAAUAGGAAGACUGGAGAAAGAGUUUUACAGGGAAAAUUAUGUCUCAAGACCAAGAAGAUGUGAACUUGCCGCAUCACUCAAUCUACCUGAAACUACAAUAAAGGUAUGGUUCCAGAACAGGCGGAUGAAGGACAAGAGGCAACGUUUGGCGAUGUCUUGGCCCCAUCCAGCAGAUCCAAGCUUUUACACCUACAUGAUGACGCACGCGGCAGCCACCGGAAGUCUACCAUACCCUUUCCAUUCCCACAUGCCUCUGCACUAUUACCCGCAUGUUGGUGUCACAGCAGCUGCCGCUGCCGCAGCUGCGUCUGGUGUUGCAUCGUCACCUUUCACUACCUCCAUUCGCCCUCUCGAUACUUUCCGUGCACUCUCCCAUCCUUACUCACGCCCAGAGCUUCUCUGUGGCUUCAGGCACCCAGGACUUUAUCAGUCACCCGCAGGCCUCAAUAGCUCGGCGGCAGCAGCAGCGGCAGCAGCAGCAUGUGCAGCUGCGGUCAGCGCACCAUCGGCCACUGGGCUAUGCUCGUGCCUCAGUUGUCGCAGCAGCCAGGCGGCCAGCGCGCUAGGCUCCAGAAGUACCAACACUGACUUCACCUGCACCGCAUCCGGGCAGAGGUCCGAAAGUGGAUUUUUUCCGUAUUCUGCAGCUGUCCUGAGCAAAACCUCGGUUCCAUUACCAGAUCAGAGAGAGGAAUCUUCACUAAACAGAUAACUUCAUCACUGGAAGAUCUAAAUCAAGUGCAGUUGGUUCUGUUUUAUGCUUUGCUAUUAGUUUAUACAUAGGCCUACAUCUACGACUCCAAUAUUUGGGGGACAAAUAAAGGUAAUUUCAAAACAAUUAGCAUAAUUCGUUUUUUUGUUUUUUUUUAAGAAGCCAAAAGUGUUAACAUUGGUAAGUGCUAAAUUGACAGUAAUUUAAAGGACUAUUUUGUUAGUGCGUUGGUGACGAAGCUUUAUUUUUCUUAAUUCACAACUGGAUUCCUGUGCCUUAAAACCUAGACAUAACUAUCUAAUUCAGUGAUAGGCCCACGCUACUCGUGAUGUAUCCACUUAUAUCAAAUAUAUUUUCCAUCAAUUCCAUCUUCUUUUCAAAUUUCCCAGUUAUAUUUUGGUAUUAUUUUAAGGCACUGUAAAAGUAAGCAAUUUUUUAUUUUUUAUUAUUGUUCUCUGCAUUUAUCAAAUCAAUGCUGGGCAUUGCUUUUCUCUAUGAAAUAUUGUUACGUGUAGAUUCGUUAUUAGUGUAGGUUAUGGUGAGAAUCAUAUUUAAAAUAUGUGCCACAACUACUACUGAAUAAUGACCUGUACAGCUCAAGGGAUAUUCCUAAUCUUCAAGUAAGGUGCAUAGAAUUUUGCACCGCUUUGAACUUGUCAGUAAUGAUGUUAAGAAUAGAGGAUUAUGGCGAAAAUUGCCAAUCCUGUACCUUCACUCCUCGUUCUGAGACCCGCUGUCAGGUGCUAUAAUAUAGGCGUGUAUGAUCUCCGGUGUAUACUGAUUUAAAUUGAAUAAACA